UUCCUCGCGCGUUUAUACCAGCAGACUUAACUACGUAUUUAUUGGAUAUUUAGUGGCAGAAAUUUAAAAAAAUAUCACCGUACCAAUCAAUAUGCAGUCUUCGUUAGCUACCAAAACCAUAUCGCUUUCAUAAAAAUCCGGAAUUAUAGCUUUAGAAAAUAUAUUCAAUGUUUUGGUAAAGCGCUUAUUAAAUAUCACGCAAAGACUGAAUAGUUUAUUUUAAAUGUAUUUAGAUAUUAUAGUGGCACGUAUACAUUAAUGGCAGGGAAUGAUAUAAAACAAAAUCUGCGAAAAUUAGAUUUUCCUUACUGCGCUAGAGAGGCAUUAUGCAGAAUCGAAAUAUUAUGCAGCAGACCUGGGAAACAAAUGGAUCUACAACUAGAUUUAAUAUCAGAGUUUGUAUUCGGAGAAAUAGAGAAACGAAAAAAGCGCAGCUUGACAACAGCGAUACAGGAGUUGCAAUUAAUAGAAGUUCUAAGCGAUUUUUUUCAAAGUCCUGGAGGAAGUGCCGCUGUACGCAACGCAGUAUUUUUAUCCCUUUUUCCUGCAGAUAGUCCUAGAUACAAAAUCUUAGGCAAUUUAGUAUCUUUAGCCAUUGCCACUCAAAAUAAAGCAGUCUUAAAUGCGACUGGAAUUUGGAUGCAGCAAUUAGGCUCUACUUCAUCACAGAGCGUUGGAUUAGCAAGGCAUGUACUUAAUGACUAUUUUGUCCUUACUCCAAAAUCUAUUGACAAAUUGAAGCAGCUUCCUGUUCUUGCACCACAUUUCACUGCCAACUUACUAACGGCAAUAGGUGAAGUCUAUGAGGACAAAUAUCCACCUGCAGAACUGCUCAGUUUGGUAGGAGAAUGGAUAGAUGAAAACCCAAGUCUCUUAUUGACUCCUUUGAUGGAUAAUCCUGCUUUACCAACCGGUGGCAUUCCAAUGACACCAAUAACUCCAAUAGCAGGUUUAUUCAGGUGGUGUAUUUUAUCACCUAUACGUUCAGUUGGUACAGAAAAUACAGAAUAUUCUGAGGAGCAGAAGAAAUUGUAUUCUAAAAUUCAACAACUGCUUAUGGAUUCGGUAUUACGAUUAAAAAAUAGCGGAAAUAAUAAACAUGCUAUAUCUGCACAGCAUUUUGCUGCUACCACUCGAACUUUAACAACUAGUUUACAAUCUCAAACAAAUAUUAAUUCUAUUUCGCGUGAGUUAGCUAUGGAACGCCUUGCACAAGCUGUUAGUGCAGCUAUGUCUGCAAAUUGUAUUUAUGGAAACAAACAAGAGUUACUGGCUUUGUUACAGCCUUUAUCGUAUCAACACUUCUUAAUUGAAUGGACUUUACAGACAUAUGCAUCUAAAGCUGCUUAAUUACAUUAUUGACCUUCUAUUAUAAUUAUUUUUAUUUUGUGAAACUGUAUAUAAAUUCAAGUACAAUUAUAUACAUACAAAACCAUACUUGUAAAUGUAAAAAAAAUUUUUUUACAAUAUAAUAAAUAUAUAUUUCACGUUGA